CGAGCAUUUAGAAAGUGCAUAUACCACACAGUUUUAAGGUUUUACCGUUGCUUGAUCAAUAUUCUACAAAUUCACGUACACUUUGCUACAAUUUAACCGAUGAAGUGAUGGUCUCCAGUUUGAUGUAAAAUUUAAUCUGAUUUCGCUAAAAAAAAUGGAGAAAUGUGCCGUAAAACCGGCGACACGGUACAAUCGUCAUCGCAAGAAGCGGCUGCGGAAGAUACUGCGAACAUUCAGCUCGGAAGCCUUCCAGUUGUCACCCAUGCCCAGCCUGAGCCAGCUGACCAUUGGUCCGAAUCUGCUAGCACUGGGACGGGUCGGGAUGACGCCGCAACCGGUCAAACUGACAAUUACCCGGCAUCGCGAAAAACCGUCGUCGACAACGAAGAAAACACCGCUUCGUGAAGCCUUUGAUCGGUAUGGAGAUCCGAGUUUCAUGGAAGAAUUCAUGGAAGCUGAAUACUUUCUGGCGCAUAUCCACAGUUUCAUGUUGAAUUGUGAUAUGUUGCGAGGUAGAAAAGACGAGGUACGGAAAAGAAAGGAGUAUCUAGAGAAAGAGAAAGAAACGAUUGUGCAAGAACUGUAUAAGACUACCCAUCAGUUACACGAUGCGGUCAAUCUGGAGUUGGAUUGUAAAAAAGUUCUGGCUGUUGGUAAACGUUCACUGGAGGAAGCAAGCAAACUUUACGAUCAGAUUGAAAAUCAAGCGUUUAAGCUAUACGGUAGCAAAGCCUUCCGGAGCCCAAAGGAGCAAGUGUCCAGUGAAAUAUUCCAGGACGAGCUGCGCGGCAUUUUCUCUGCUAAUAUGCCUCCGGACUAAGGUCAACAUGCUGUUUGCUUUUGAUUAUGGAGGUUGUACUCGUUGCUUGUUCGGCCGCAACCUGUACUAAAUACAACUUCAGUUCUCGCAUCGCAAUGUCCUGAUCGAGGAAUCGGGAAGUAAAGACUAUGAGUCAAGUG